CAACCUUCUAUCUCUUCAUCAUCUUUCCCAACACUCUUUUAUUAUCCGCAGGGAUCUUUCCAUUCAUCAGAGUUCUUGAGAGGGAAGAUUUUUUUGGGAGAUUGGGAGGAUGCAGAGCUAUUCCAAAACCAUCAAGCACUUCAGCCAUUCACACUCCCUGGACCUUGGGUACACGGCCCCCCGGAACAGUGCCGACUCGCCACCGUUGUGCCCGGCCGCCAAGACCGAGGCUUUGGGGUGGACCUACGUGUGCCGCGGGUGCUGCAACUUCUCCAUCCACGCGUGGUGCGCUGCCCUCCCUCGGGCCAUCACCCACACCCCCCCACACUUUCACUCGUGCCACCAACUGAAGCUCCUCCCUGCUCCGGCCCACCCGAGCGGCUUCUUUAAAUGCGACGGCUGUGGCCAUCAUGGGGAUGGAUUCAGCUAUCGCUGCACCACUGCUGGCAGCGACUUUGACCUCCACGUUGUCUGUGCCACCAAGCCGCUCAAGGACACCCACCGCUCCCACCUGCACGAGCUCAGCCUCACCUUCAGCCCUCCCUACAAUGAUAGAGCCUUCUCCUGCGACUUACGUGGAGCUGCCGGGUCGAACCACUGGCUAUACCGGUGUGGCUCGUGCAAUUUCACGCCCAUUGAGGCUGCGUGACCGGUGUAAACGAGUCGGCUAAUUUAUCUCCUUCUUGGCCUUGGGCCAGGCAGGGUUUUAUGGUUCCAGCAGGAGUAGGGGCAAGUCCGAAUAUCGUCCUUGGACAGCAUGGAACUGGGCUGGGAAGGAUAAACUAUCCUCAGCCUCCGCCCGCAACGAUGUUUCGGGGUCGUCUGAUGGCGGCAGCUGCUGAGGGCUUUAUGCAAGGCACCGCCCAGCGGGUUGCCCAGUGCUUGCAGCAGAAUAUGACAGGCAGCGACAGUGGUGCCGGUACCCGUGGCAGCACCGAUACAGGUGAUACCUUUCCCAUCUUUGAUAUAUUGUAAAUGGAAGAUGGAAAAAAAAUUGGUUUGAUGCACUUCAUCAUCAGUUUAAAAUUGGCGACCGAUGACAAUAUCUACGACAUACUCGAAGCAGAACCUCGCCUCGCCUCGCGCUAUAGGACGGCUCACCUCGUGUUGAAGAAGAUCCUGUAAGGCCUACCCGCUACUUAAUUACAUAUAGAGAUCACGACUAUCAACAGUGACAAAUCGGCUGAGUCGAUCUGAUAAAUCAGAUUAGUGCUACUCAUACCGACUGCUCUACGGUCACGCAUUCUAUGAUUUAGAUAGAUGCAGUGUGAGGGAAGCUGUCUCUAAACCACGGUUAUGCUACGACAGAUCACAAUACUGCCAGUUUUACAUAUCAAACAUUCCAUAAAAGUAGAACAGAGUGAAGCAUGUAGCAUCGUAGUGUACCGCCCUUCAUGUUCGUAGAUUGCUCAGUUUGUAGUGUUGCCCUUUGUGUUUCUUGUCAACUGCAAUGGAUUUGAUCUUUUCUUGGCUGGAACUAUGUGAGUCGCUGCCCCGCCUAUACAGUCGGCUGCCCUUUUCUCUUUUAGGCGUUUUGGUUGGCUAUGAGCUUUCCCAUUCUGACGAGCUCACCGGCAUGUACAACUGCUAAUUUUUAUGUCGGGAAAUAUUUGGGACUAAGUCAUA